CAUCCAUGAUAUUUUUUGCCUCACCAUUCAUUUUAUAGUUUGUUUUACUUUAUUUUUGAUUAUGAUGAUAAAACCUGCUAUCUCUCUUAUACUUGUUUUCCUGGUCAUUGGAUUGUAUGCUUCAAGUGAUGGCAAUAGCUCUAGCUUUAAUACUACAAUAGACUGCAACUCUUGUCCAGCUAGUUGUAACUGUGAUACAGAGGGCUCCAUCCAUUGCACUGAAAAAGGUCUUACUGCAAUCCCUCCUGGACUAAUACACUGUGAAAGACCUGAUGUGAUAAUUCUCAAUGUUAGUUUUAAUUUGAUACAAAAUAUCUCUGUCGAUGAUUUCAAUGGACUCCCAAACCUAGAGAGAUUGUUUCUUUACGACAAUCUCAUUGAUGAUAUUGAGGAAUAUGCAUUCUCUGAUCUAACCUCAUUGGAAUUACUGUCCCUUGAUGGAAACAGAUUAACUACACUUAAACCUAAUGUCUUUAUGGGACUGAUUGGCUUGAAAUCAUUGCUAUUGUAUUCCAAUUCGAUAUCAAGUCUACCUGUUGGAGUGUUUGAUGAUUUGAUUUCUCUCAUUGUGCUUGCGCUUCAUAAUAAUCGUUUGACUAGUCUCAAUCCUCAAUUGUUUGCAAAUUUACCCAAUCUUCAAAGACUCUAUCUUUAUGGAAAUGGUAUAAGAGACUUGUCUGACUCACCCUUUCAGCACCUGAGCAAGCUUACCCUUUUAUAUUUUAGUAGCAAUAAUAUCAUUGAGCUGACUAAUGCUAGCCUAGCUGGUUUGAAUAGCCUACGAACUCUUGUUCUCAGAACCAAUCAGAUAAGGACCUUGUCUCAUGAUGUCUUUAUACACACUCCUUCCCUCACUUCAUUGUAUUUAGACAGCAAUCGAAUCAGAAGGAUUUCAAGUGAUGUAUUCUCACCAUUGACCAGAUUACAGAGACUAGUGCUGUCAAAUAAUUUAAUUGAAGUAGUUGAAGAUCGUGCAUUCUCUGAGCUAAGAUCAAUCGUAUUCCUUUAUCUUCGAACUAAUCGGUUGCAAAGUAUCACAGAGAAAACUUUUCAUGGGCUUUUUAAUAUGCAACAACUGAUCAUGUAUGAUAAUUUGAUUACAUCAAUACCUGGAAAUGCUUUUAGACAAGCAGUAAACUUGAGAAGAUUAUGGCUACAGGAUAAUAGAAUUGAGUGCUUAAAUGAGAAAGCCUUUGCUGGAUUAAACUAUCUUCAGUUACUACAAUUGUCUGACAAUCGUAUCUCAUAUCUACCGAAAGAUGUAUUCCAGUACACGCCAAGACUUACUUUUCUCUUGCUGAUCUCAAAUAGGCUGGAAAGAAUAGAAACAUUUCCUUUUCGUAAUCUAAGAUAUCUUGCUCAGCUGGCUUUGUAUAAAAACAAAAUCAGUUUCAUUGCCGAGGGAUCACUUGAAAAUACUAAUAGGAUCUAUUACUUGCAAUGGAAUGAUUUUCGGACAAAUAUAACACAAGACAAUAUGAUAGUGUGUGACUGUUCUGCCCUUUGGCUUCAAGAAUACUUAAGAUCCAAUCGUCCUUACUAUGAGACUGUCCUAUGUGGCUAUCCUAUUGAGGUCAGAGGUCAAAGACUAAGGAGUGUGGAUAUAGCUAAUUGCAGUAAGCACUUCGCUAAGGGAUUGAAGGUAUCAGUGACUCCAUCUUCAGAGGUUAAUUAUGUGCAGAGUGGUGCCUGUCUUGAGCUGCAGUGUAAAGCAAAUCAAAAUGUUGAUGUAACUUGGAAAAGAAUUGUUAAAGGAUCUGAACAGGCACUGGAGGAGGAUCACUCUUCAUUCUGUACUAAUAAAAGUGUUGAUAAUUGUGGAAACACUGACACUGAAGGACUGCUAGUAUUAAAGGACAUUGCAGCUGCUGAUCAAGGGAUAUACGUGUGUACAGCUACACUGGAAAAUGUCACUAGCUCUGUAAUUCGACAAAUUCAAAUUGGAGAGCCUCCUGUGAUUGAGAAGAGUCCUAUUAGUGUGGUUGCUCGUGAUCCUCCAUCUUACGUUAUUUUUGAAGCAGCAGCAAGAGGGAACCCACCACCAGUACUGAAGUGGUAUCACAACUCAAAUGAAAUUGACUUCAAAAAUACCACAAAGAUGUAUUUGACCAGUAAUGGGUCAUUGAUAAUAUUAGGUCCUCAGUUUGAGGAUAAUGGUCAAUAUAAAGUAGUGGCAGACAAUGGAGCAGGAUCAGUAGAAGCAGCUGCCAGUCUUACAAUAUACUUCAGGUCAGCCUGCAAUAGAGGGUCUGGUUGUUCUAAUGAUGGACAGUGUCUCCCAGUACAUUACUGCAGGUGUCCUGAUGGAUAUUCUGGUGAUGGAUGCGAGGAAAGCCAGGAAACAGCACCUCCUUCUACAACCCCUACUACACCUCUUCCUAGUUCCGGUGAUUAUUAUUAUUCUGGUGAUUAUUACUAUUCUGGUGAUUAUUACUAUUCUGGUGAUAAUGAUUAUAAAAGAAAGAAAAGAGGUGUUGCUUAUUCACAGUAUGAUUAUGAUUUUACUGACAUGUCAGUAUCGUCAAGUCGUAAGAAAACUUUGGGCAAGCAGCAAAAAAUCAAGCAAAAUAUAAUAAAAAGAAUAAGAAACAAUGCAGAGCUCAGGAAGAAAAUAUAAAAGAUCAUUAACUUAGUGACAAAAGGAUACCAAAUUCUUAAGUGUUAAUUUUUAUUUGAUAUUUUUUGAAAUAAUAAC